CAUAAGACCCACUUUACUACUCCUAGUUUACAUAUAUUUCUAAAUAUCAUUUCUCUCAAAUUGAAAAAACCCUUUUCUCCUUCAAUCACUUUCUUCAUAAAUAACUCACCAAAUUUUUUUCUUCAAAUCCAAAACUCUCAUCAUCAUUCAUGGCAGCUUUUUCAUACCCUCAUCACUCAAUUCUUCUUGACUCAGUUUAUUUGCCCAAUAACAUGUUUAAGAAUAUGUGUGGAUUGAUGGAUCAAGAGGAAGAAAAUACCACCACCAACAACAACAACACCAACUAUUGCUUCUCCAAUAAUGAUUUUUACUCAUCUGAUCAUCAAAAUCAUCAUGGAAUAUUAGUCCAUGAAAGUAGCUGUGUUGACCAUAGCUCAUCAAAGCAUGGUGCUCUCAGCAGUGAUAAUGAGCCCUCAGUGACCAAAAAACAGAGCACUGAGUCCUCCACUGUUGUGGAUAAGCUUGAAAGUGGUGAGCAAGUCACUCAGAAAGUGACUCCAAUGGAAAAGAAGAGGAAAACAAGAAAUGGGUCCUCCAAUUCUGCUCAAUCAAAGGAUCAUCAUGGAAGUGGUAGAGGAAAAAAGCAAAAAAGUUGUAGUGGUGAUUCUACGAAAGGUAAAGAGGAAAUAAUAAAGAAGGUGAAAACGAAUAAUAACAAAAAUAAUGAUAAUAAGAAAAAAGCUGAAGAUCAAGAUCAAGAACCUCCGACAGGCUACAUUCACGUUAGAGCAAGGAGGGGCCAAGCUACUGAUAGCCACAGCCUUGCAGAAAGGGUUAGAAGGGAGAAAAUCAGUGAGAGGAUGAAGAUGUUGCAAAAGCUUGUUCCUGGCUGUGAAAAGGUAACUGGAAAGGCCCUUAUGUUGGAUGAAAUUAUCAAUUAUGUUCAGUCCCUACAGAAUCAAGUAGAGUUCCUUUCAAUGAAGCUUGCUUCUCUAAAUCCCAUGUUCUAUGACUUUGGAUUGGACCUUGAAGCAUUUCUGGUCAGACCAGAGGGAUUGGACACCAUGGCUUCACAGAUUCCAUCUGUGCCACCAUGCAACCAAUCACAAGCCUUUUCAACUGAUAACACCACCGGCACAGCCACCAACUUUGGCAUCACAGCCAAUAGUAGCUAUCCUCUUAUGGACAACUCAGCUCCUCUUUUGCUACAACAAGGGCACCAGAGGCCUAGUGCCUUCAAUUCUCAUGACAAUGCUGGGACUCUCUUGUGGGAUAUGGAAGAUCACAGACAAAACUUUCUUAGUCCAUCUGAGUUCAGCAACCUGUGUUCUUUCAAUUAAUUAAUAAUACAACAGCACCCCCACAACAAAGCUGCCCUACAAGCAUAGUUGUUGAAAUGAAAUUCCAAAAGCAGCUAGCCAGAAAAGAAAAUCAGAUGAAAAGUUAUAUAAAGUUAUAAUAAGAUUCUGUUUUUGAAGAAAGAAAGAAAGAGAGAGUAUUUAGUUCCAAUAUUAGAGUAAGUAGUGGGGAGAGGAACAUGAAUAAAUUAAAGGGCAGACAUGAAGAAGAAGAGCAUCAAGAGCUAGCUAGCAUCAAUGGAUGAUAUUGAUGAAGAUUGGGAAGAACAUAAAGGACAGAUAUAACCAACCGACCAAAUAAGACCAGAUCUUUUUUAGAUCCCUUGUUCUUGUCUAUCUUGACUCCCCUUUCUCUCAAGUCUUGCCUUGCACAAAUUCCAAGACCCUCCCCUAUAUGUGCAGCUAGCUAGCUAGUAGUGGUGGUUAGAAAUUGAAAAAAAAUAUAUAAAUAUAUAAUGUUGUAUAAUAAUAUUUAUUUAAAAGUAGGAUUGUUAAUAAUAAAUUCCAUAUAUUUAUAUAUAUAUAUAUAUAUUCUUGUAUGGUCACAGUUGUUCUGUUAUUACAGUUAUUUUUACCGUUAUGGUCCAUCAUUACUUUUUCUUCAGUUUAGUAGAGAUGAGAGAGAGAGAGAAAGCAAUGGAGGAGUAAAUGAUUCUGUUUUUUUUUUUCUUUUGUAGUUUGACAUGACUAUCUAUCCACACACAUAUAUAUAUAUAAAUGCAUUGUUGGAAUUUGUUGCCUUUGUAUGAGAAUCUUUUGGACUUUGGUGUGUU